CGGUUGAGGAUGAAAACAGUUGCGAGCGGCUGCAGGCAGCUUCAUUUUGGCCGGAUCGGUGUGAAGGCUGGUGGGGAGGGAGACGGGGCGGCAGCGGGCUGGAAAGCAUACCUUAUCCCAUCCUAGGACCAUCUGAACACCCUCGACUGCCAACCCUCCUCCUCCCUUCCCCUCCUCCUCUUUUUAACCCACCCUGCACACCGAUAAAAAACUGACAGAAACAAAAAAAACUAAACCCUUCCCGCCUCCCAGAGAAUAAUGACAAUGUAAUUCCAGUGGAGUGGAGCUGAGUUUUAUUUUAAUUUUAAAUCCAUUCCCCUGAUGUGUCUGAGGUGCUGGGCGAGAAGCGGCGAUUUGCUUCAUUUCCCUCACUCAUCCCCUUCCCCCUCCACCCCCUUCUUCAUUUGAUAAAUCGCUGUUAUAUUUAUUUUAAAUUUCCCUUCAUUCACCCCAGUCCCCCUCCCCUCUCACCCUCCUGGAAAGAAGGGAAAAAAAAUUUGAGAAAGCGCCGCCUGUGGAGUCGACAGAUUGAUAUGUGUUGAAAAGGUGCUGUUACAGUGGAAUCCUGCAUGUUUUAAUUUUGGCAACCGAGCUAUCCAAAAUUCAGCAAUAAAAGAACCAUUAACAUGGCCAAAGAUAUUGGAAUACUAGAAAGUAAUGGCGAGAUCAAAGUUUUCACAGAUCAGAAUGUUAGUCCAGCAAAAAUUGCAUUAGUGACAGUAGCAUCUUCGCAUCUCACCACCCCAGGGAAACAAAUUUUGCCAAAAACACUGGGGCUAUCAAAUGUUAGUAACGCUCCUCAGAUGAUAAUUAGUACACCUCAACGGACACCGACAACACCUACUGUUCUAGUGGGAAGCCCCCAUGGUCCUAAUAUACACAUGUUAACUCAGGGUGAGGCAUCAGACUCUUCUCCAUGGAGUACAGGUAAAAGGAAUAAAAAGGGUGAAAAAAAUGGCAAAGGACUGCGACAUUUCUCAAUGAAGGUCUGUGAGAAGGUGCAGCAGAAAGGAACAACCACCUACAAUGAAGUGGCAGAUGAGCUUGUGGCAGAAUUCAGUAACACCAAUAAUCAAGAAUCUGGCUCUGAUGAAGGUUAUGAUCAAAAGAAUAUAAGACGUCGUGUAUAUGAUGCUUUGAAUGUGCUCAUGGCAAUGAAUAUCAUCUCCAAAGAGAAGAAGGAAAUCAAGUGGAUAGGACUCCCUACAAACUCAGCUCAAGAAUGCCAGAAUCUAGAGAUGGAGAAAAGAAAGAAAAUGGAAAUGAUUAAACAGAAACAAUCGCAACUUAAGGAGUUGCUACUGCAGCAAAUUGCCUUUAAGAACCUGGUUCAGCGAAAUCGCCUUGUAGAACAACAGUCUGGGAGGGUUCCUCCUCCUAAUACUGCCAUUCAACUGCCAUUCAUUUUAGUCAACACCAGCAAAAAAACAAUCAUAGACUGCAGCAUCUCUCCUGACAAGUUUGAAUAUUUUUUUAAUUUUGAUAAUACAUUUGAAAUCCAUGAUGACAUUGAAAUUCUUAAGAGAAUGCGAAUGGCUUUUGGAUUGGAGUCUGGCGGCUGUUCUGCUGAUGAAUUGAAGAUGGCUAAGAGUCUAGUACCCCACGUGCUGGAACCAUAUGUCAUAGAAAUGGCUAAAGUAGUGCAAAAUGUUAACUCAGGCCCAAGUUCAGUAGCAGCAUCUACAUCUUCAACAAGCUUCCAAUCUAGCAGAGCAUUUGGUGCCAGUGAUGAAAUAGCCUUACCAACUGAUACCGAAGUGGCCUUAGUGACCAGUCAAGCACAAGGAAGUUUCAAUGGUACACAUUGUUCCGAUCCCAGAAUGGAGACUCCUACGUCCUAUAUUGAAGAUGAUGAUGAUGAUGAUGAAGAGGAAUAUGAAUGAAUUAAUAAUCAUUCUGCAUUUCUUCCUGUUUUCUGUUGCUUAAAAUGGCAUCUCUGAAAAGAACUGUCUCAUGAGACAGAGACUUUAAAAGAAUUGUUAUUUUGACUUGUGAGGGGUUUAACUUAAUUCUAUUCUCUUCUAAUUUAAACAUCAAAAACUUUGAAUACAGAACUGUAGAGAGAACUUUUUUGAAUUUAUGAGCAACUGUUGAAAUUUUAAAGAAGUUUUCGCUUCUCUGUUGAGGAUCUACAAUGUGUUUUCUAAUUGCACCAAGUGCAGCUAUAAAAAGCUACUGUUUGUUCAAUUAUAUCUUAAGGCACUAUCACAGUAACAUCUCUGGCUUCACUGCCUGGUACUGAUGUUUACAUGUUGUGAUUUUGCUAUUCUCAGCUGAGCUGGUGUAGCACUUUACAGAUAUGUCCCAUUUCAGGGGUGAAAGAAACGGAGUUGUAAUCUCCUCCUGCUACAAGUUCAUGUGUGCUGUUGAUCACCAAAAGGCAUUGAAAAUGGUCACAGAUGGGUCAGUGAUUUGAUGUAUCUCAUCAGCUCAGAGAUGAUGUUUUGAAUAAAUAGUUGAGCUAACUAAUAAAGAAGAGUUUAAAAAUUUGCUAGUGCAGAAGAAGAAACUGUUUGAAGUGUUACAUGUAAUUUUAAAGCUUCUUGCUGCUGCCAGAAAACUUUGUAAAAGGCAAUCUGUGAUUGGUGUAAUAGAAUUUCUGGUACUAGGUCAAAUACACAGUGCACCAUAUAGUUCUAUUUAGUAUGCUUCUGAAACAGCAGUAAUGUAUGAAGUACUUCUUAAAGUUUAACUUCACAUUUUCAAACACAAAUAUAGUGGUGUAUUCACUGAUCAGAUGCAGAUCUUUUUACCCAUCUUAUCUUUGUAACCACCUACAAAUAAAUGCUGAACAAAGCCUGUUGUGGAAUCAACAGUUUUUAUUAAACACGUUUUUAAUUUAAAGAAAUCUUGCUGACCCUUGGGAUUUUAAAACUUUUUGCAGCAUAUAUAAAAAUGCUUAGUUUUCUGCGGCUAAGCUAAAAGCUUAAUAUUUUACACUGUGGUAUUUCUCGGCCUACUACCUGUACAGGUUUAUUUUGGAGUGAAAUUGCUUUCAUAGUAUAGCAACACCUAGCUUUCUGAUCCUCCAUUCAAUUUGAGUAUUUGCGUCACUUUUCCUCAGUAUGGCUAAUUCCGCUAUAUGCUGUUGGAGGAUUGGGGUUAGGGUGGGCUGUGCAACAGUAUGAAAGGAAAGCAUGUAAAACACUUUAUAGCUGCACUUCUUAAUAGGUUACAAGCAGAAAGGGAACAGGCUUUGCUCCUUCAAUUGGACAUAGGUAUGAGAUGCAGGUCUGACUUUUCAUCUAAUGCAGGUCUGACUUCAGUGACUAAAGGUACAGCUGACUUCCUAAACUGCUAGAGACAAUAGACAUUCUUGCCCAGUAUGUGCUACGUAGUUGAUUUAUUUUAAUUGCUGAAGUUUGCUGAAUUGUUUCCCAGAACUGAAGAAAUCAUUGUGGAAAGCUGGCAUUUCCUAUCUCUGGUGAAAGCGUGCUUCCUGGUGAUUAUUUGAAUAUUGAACAUGGGAAAGUCUACAACUUGGAUCGUUGUAUUCCCGAGUUAUAUGGGUGCCUUCAGAAAGCCAGCUGGAAAGAUAAAAGGGGCAAAAAGGUUUUCCAUCAAGCAUGAUAUUUCUUAGAUUUAUUUAAAUGCAUUUAGAGUAAAGAAAAUAGAAUCAAGUUGUGAAGAAUCCCUCAGAAGUUUGCUUUUGCCCUGUUGACUACAAGCAAAAGCGUUUUCAUGUAUAGUUUUGUUAUUCAAAACACUUUCUUGUCCAUGACACUUUUCGUCCCCUGAAAAUGUAUGGGAUGCAGCAACUUUGUAACCUUUUCAUUGUGUCUCUCCUUUUCAUGUUUGUUUCAUUCACUUUUUGGAGCAAUACAAAAUUGACUUCACUACUUGCUGUUUGUUAAUCUAACGAUAGGGUGAAACGUCAUCCUCAUAAGCAGUGCAUUUUUUAAAAAAAAUUAUCAGUAAGAUCAAAUAGCUGAAGAUUCAGACUUGAAGCAAAACUUAAGCUCGUGUGUGUGUGUGUGCGUGUGUGUGUGUCUUUCUCUCUCCCAGGUUUGUGAUUGAGCAUUUGGUUUGAAUAAAGCAUAGGAACUGUGGCCCCAUGGUAAUCUAAUGAAUUAAGCAUGUAUCUUGAUUCUUAAAUUGAUUUUAUGGAAUUUUUCCUGAAGCAUCUUUUUGAGAAGCUUUGUAAAUUUUCAGAAACUUGUUCGCAGUUUUUUCUAUAAACACUAGGUCAAUUUGUAGACCCAUCUUGAGUAUAAAGAGAAGGCAAUAACUGGAAUAGAAAUUAUUUAAGACUGACAAGUCUCUAAAAACACACUUGGAACAAAGCAAUUUGCAAUAUUAAAAAAAAUACCAUAUUUAAAAAAAAUUUAUGAAAUCCCAAAGGUGUAUAUUUUGUUGGCAAUAGUGUGCUUCAAUGAUGCAACAUCUUUCUUCCACAUUACGAACAAUGUAGUUACAGAUAAUCUUUUCCUAUCCUAAAUACAUUUUUUGGUUGCAAAAUGAGAGUUGGGGGAAGAGAUUGUAAAUGUUGAGACAACCUGAUUUCUCAAUGCUGCAGUUUAAUAUCUGUAAUUCAAAUAUAUAAUUCUGUCUACAUUGUUACAUACGAGGAUGUUGUUUUUAGUUUCACCACUCAUUAAAAUUUAUAAGCUUGAAAUAAAACUGUAAUCUUA